AUGUUCCUGCAAGUCGACUCUUCGCGCCCAACAGUUCAGCUGCCGCAGCAGGGUAAAGUCAUUGGCAUCACCCACCCCAAGGACGAGAGCGCCCACCGUCCACGCGCAGUCGAAGCGUUCCUGGGAAUCCCUUACGCUGUGCCACCAGUUGGCGAUCUGAGAUUUCGUCCGGCCAAGAAGCUCCCGCCGAGCCCUGAAAAUGUUCUCGACGCGUCAAAGUACGGACCGGCAGCUCCGGGAAAGCCGCUGCUGACGGCGGACCCAUCGGCACCGCCACUGGUCUACAGUGAAGACUGCCUGACCGCCAACGUUUUCCGGCAGUCCGGAAGCACGUCUCCAGAUGGAAAGCUGUUGCCGGUCGCCGUCUACAUCCACGGCGGGGCCUUCAACCGCGGAACCGCAAGCAUGCACAACACGGCAUCCAUGCUGAGCUGGGCCGAGGAUCCCUUUGUGUGCGUUUCAUUCAACUACCGUGUGGGAUCCUUGGGAUUUCUGCCGAGCGGACUGAGCGCGAAGGAGGGUGCGCUGAAUCUCGGGUUGAAGGACCAGAUUCUGCUGCUUGAGUGGGUGCAGGAGAACAUCAAGGCGUUCGGGGGAGACCCGACCAACGUCACGCUCUUUGGGUUGAGUGCUGGUGCGCAUUCCAUCGGCCAUCACCUCAUGCACUACACGGAGGGCGUGAAGCCUUUGUACAACCGCGUGAUUAUCGAGUCCGGUGCACCGACUUCUCGCGCUGUCAGACCCUAUGACGCCCCCGUCCACGAGGCACAGUUCAAGGACUACCUUGCUGCGGCAGGGGUGCCUUCUGACCUGCCCGAGGACAAGAUCUUCCCCUUCCUGCGAUCGCUGCCAUCGGAAAAGAUUCAGGACGCACAAAACACAGUCUUUGGUGCAUACAACCCCAGCCUGAAGUGGGCAUUCCAGCCAGUCAUUGAUGGGGAAAUCAUCAAAAGGCCGCCUUUGGAAACAUGGCGGCAAGGAAAGUGGCACAAGGUUCCCAUCAUGACAGGUUUCCAGAGGAACGAAGGCAGUCUCUACGUGGACAAGGCCAUGAGCAAAUCAGAGCAAUUCACGGGUUUCUUCCGUGACUUGUUGCCACUGCUGUCCGAGGAGGACCUCAACACCAUUGAUGGGCUCUACCCAGACCCUGCAAAGGUCCCUCGGUCCCCAUGGAAGGAGGAACGGGACGGAGUGGGUGCCCAGUACAAGCGAAUAGAAGCGGCCUACGGUCACUACGCAUACGUGGCCCCUGCCCGGCAAACUGCAGAGUUCGCGAGCGUGGAUGUCCCGGUCUACCUGUACCAGUGGGCUGCGAUAUCGACAGUUCUCAACGGCGCGCAGCACGCUGACAACAUGAGGUACGAGGUCUGCGAUCCCAAAGUCGUGGCAGUGAGCGAGAACCAGGCCGCGCUGGCCAAGACGAUCAACUCAUAUGUCACCAACUUCAUCACCAAGGGUGACCCGAAUGCCGGAAUAGCCAAGCCAAGAUGGGAGCCAUACAAUAAAGAGACACCGAAGUCGUUGGCAUUUGGGCUGGGGAACGAGGAGCUGAUAGGCGGUGGUCUGGGCACGACGGCCAAGUUUGUAGACGACCAGUGGGCGAGAAAAGAAAGCGAGUUCUGGUGGAGUAAAGUGGAUUUGUCACAGCAGUAG